UUGUGUGUGUGUGUUUUCUAAAAACUUCAAAAAUCUUUUUUGAUCAUUUGCUUUACUAUACAUUAUAGUUGCAAAUCAAUACUAAAAUCUUAUUUUCUUAGAAUUCUUUCAUUCCUUUUUUAAUCAUUUUAUCCACAUACACACACAAAGAAAUUUUUGGGUAAAUCUUAUUGAUAUAUUUAUAGUGAUAGACAUAGAAUUUAACAAAACUGUUUCUGGGUUUGAUUCAAAAUCAAAUCUUGUUAGUGGGUUUUGAAUUUCAAGUAACAUAAAUGGGUUGUGCAUCUUCUAAGCAAAAACCGGUGUGCCGGAACUGCCGUGGACAAUUUGCUCCGAUGACAAGAAGCUAUUCAAUGCAUGUUCAUCACCCACCGCAAACCACCGGCGAUAGUUACCAUCUUGUUGCCUUGACAUCUUCUACACUUGGGUACCUUCAGCUUGAUCAAUCGGAUUCCGGUGACCGGUUGAAAAAUUCCGGUGGGUGUCAGAUUCGUCCAGAACCUGUUUGUGAAAAUGUGCCGGAGAAAGAAAGUAAUGAAUUUGCUGUUGGGGUUAUUGAUGCUAAAACAUGGUCGAAAAUGAUUGAAGAAAAGAUUCCUAAAUUCGCCCCGAAAACGCCUAUUACUACGCCUCCGGGUGAACCGGAGACGAUUAAUGCGUGGGAGUUAAUGGAAGGUUUGGAUGAUACGAGUCCGCUUCGGCCGAAGCUGAUUUCGAAUCAUAUUCGGAGUUUUUCGUUUCAUGUUAACCCGAAUUCGUUUACUUCUCUUGAUGGGCCCGACUCGAACUCGAAUUCAGUUUUUGAUUCGGUCGACACGUCGAUCGCAUCGGAUUUUGAUAGUGAGAUGAUUACUGAAUUUAGGAAAUCAUUGGAAUUGUUACAUCCAGAAAACUCGUGUUAUUUGCCGUCUAAUGACGGCUUUAAUGAUGAAUUAUUGGAUAUAUCGGAUCCCAAGAAAGAUUAUGUCAGUGAUUGUAAAGCCAAUAACAGCCCGCCACGUGUCAAAGAAAAAUUGGUUCUGUACUUCACUAGUUUACGGGGAGUUAGGAAGACAUACGAAGAGUGUUGUCACGUAAGACACAUUUUGAAGGCGACCGGAGUUCGAGUCGACGAACGGGAUGUAUCGAUGCAUUCGGGAUUUAAAGAGGAGUUGAAGGAGUUAUUGGGUGGCAUUAUUAGCGGAUUGCCUAAGGUAUUUAUCGGGAAAAAAUGUAUCGGUGGUGCGAUGGAAAUUAGGCGAUUGCAUGAAGACGGGCACCUCGAGAAGGCGUUGGAAGGUUGUGAAAUGAUGGAAGUUGACAAUUUUGGUGGUGGUGGCGGCAAAGGUGGUUGUGAGGCUUGCGGUGAUAUUAGAUUUGUGCCAUGUGAGACGUGUUCUGGUAGCUGUAAGAUAUAUUACGAAGACGAGUCUGAUGAAACUGAAGACGAUGAAAGGGAAGAAAGCGAUUAUGGAUUUCAAAGAUGUCCAGAUUGCAACGAAAAUGGACUAAUAAGGUGUCCUAUAUGUUGUGAUUAAUUUACACGGUUUCAAUUUGUGCUGAUUUUUGAUUGUAUAGUAGAGGCUGUUUUUCUUACAUCUAAGAAAUUAUUUUUUGAUCAAUUGUUUUAGAUAGAGUGAUACAUUCAAAAUUUACUCUAUUGUUUUGUUUGCCUUUA